AUGGAAGCUAAGAGAUUUAUUGCCUUGGAGGGAUUAGCGUGUACUUUUAAAACUACACUUUUAAAACGGUUUGCCGCCACCAAUAAAAAGGUGACUGUACAUUUGUCGGAUUUUGCCGAAGUAAUACAAGAGUUGGAUUUACAAAAUAAAAAAACGGCCCCUCUCAUCUAUACCGCCGCCCGAGUUGCCGAAAUGGCCAAGUGUUCCGCCGGUGUUCAUAUAUUCGACAGAGUCGCCAUAACCUCGGUCCUAUAUACUCACAUUUUCAACGAAGAUGAUGAUGACGCGCGCCACGACUCUAUAUUGGCAGAUUGUGCCUCGCUGAAGAAGAGCGGCUUGAUGGCGGAUUGGGGCCGUACAUUGAUCAUGUUGACCAAACCGGGUCAGGAAGAUGAGUUGGUGGAGAAUAUGAGAAAACGAGGCAACGGGCUGGAUUGGCUUAGUGUGGAGUAUGUGCGUCGACAAAAUCAGGUUUUUAAAAUAUUUGCUGAACAAUUUGGAUUGCCCGUGUAUGAGCUAGAUUUGGCCAAAUCUUGGACAGACCAACAAGAUGAAAUUGUAAAAUUUUUGUGGGAUAUGUGUCUUGAAUAA